AUGUUUAGAUUUUGUAGCAGUUUCUUGAUUUCUGUAUAUGGGUUCUUGCUCAAGAUUUUUUGGUUCAUCACCAAAUAUGUGUACAGAUCAAAGGGGGAGAAAGGUUCAAGUUAUAAGGCCAAUCGUUCUCAAAGUGAUGAUCAAGUUGUGUCCAAGAAUUUCAAGGUUUUUGAGACCAUUAGGUUAGCAGAAAAAAGGAAUUCAGAGGGCUCUGUUUCUUUGCAAAAUGCCCUUGUUGCAAACACUAGUAAGUAUCAGUUCAAUUCUGGCAAAAAUGUCAGUGGAUUCAUGGAAGAAGCCAAAACUAUGAAAUUUGAAAUGUUUGUGGGCUCAAUUGAGUGGUUUGCUUGUACUAAUCAAUGUCUUAAUAGUGACUUUUCGCGAAAAGUAGAUUCUUUGGAGGUGAAUUCACAAGAAAACUUGCAACGACUUGAUGAGGAAAUACAGGAGGAAAAGGGCUCAAAUGAGGAUUUUGAUUGUACUAAUCAAGAUAAACGAGAUUCUUUGGAGGUGAAUUCACAAGAAAAUUUGCAACAAGUUGAUGAGGAAUUACAGGAGGAAAGGGGCUCAAAUGAGGGUUUUGAUUUUACUAAUCAAUGUAUUGAUAGUGAAUUUUCGCCAAAACGAGAAACAUUGGAGGUUAAUUCACAAGAAAAUUUGCAACGGGUUGAUGAGGACAAGGGAAAAAUAGGUUUUGCUAAAUAUGAGAACGUCAGUGAUGAAGGGAUAGUUUCUAUGGAAGUUAAAUCCACUGAGGAUAAAGAUUUUGCAUAUGAAAUUGAAUUGCUUCCACAGAGCCAAUUCUCAGCUUCUGAGGGAAAGCAAGAUUCAGAAGUUCCUGGAAAUGAAAAUGAAUUGCUACUGAGGAAAGAAUUCUCGGCUCCUGAGAUAAAACAAGAUUCAGAAGAUCUUGGAAAUGAAGUCGAAUUGGUUGAGGAUGUUGAGUCGGGUAAUAAUGCAUUCCUCCACGGACAUGAUCGAAGAAUAGCCAAAGAUAUCGGAACAGGUGAAACUGCAGAACAGUGUGGUAUUGAUUAUCCGGGCUUUGAUAUUAGGAAUUCGGUAUUCAACUCCGAAAGUUUAGAAGAUAGUAAUGAGUACAUUGAAUUAGAGCCUCCAAUGGCGAACUCAAAGGAUAUUGUCAAAGAAAGUCUUUACAAAAUCGAGGAAUCACAUGAAGUCAAGAGCGAAAUGAAGGCAUUCGUUGUCAAUUCACAAAAGGAGGCUUCAAACAGUAGGUCAUGGGAUUCAGAUUCCGAGGAUGAUGAUGAAUGCGAUAUCCUGAAGGAACACCAACAUUUAGUACAGCAGAUGAAAAUGGAGCUAAAAAAUUCCAGACUUAAAGGGCUUCCAACCAUAUCAGAAGAAUGUGAAACUCCUAAGAUGGUUGAAGAUUUAAAGCCUCUAAAAAUUGAUGACAAGGUUGAGUACAAAGAUGUUAUGGAAGAAAUUCUGAAGUUUUACAAGAGCUACAAAGAACGAAUGCGCAAAUUGGACAUCUUGAAUUACCAGACUCUACAUGCUAUCAGUUUCCUCCAGCUGAAGGAUUCAGAAGUAUUUACCUCGGUCAAGAAAAAAUCACUUUUAACACUAAAACCAACUUGGCCAAUGAAAGUACAUAGAGUUUACGUUGAUCCAACGCAUAAAUUGAUUGUAGAAAUGCUUCGGGAUUUAGAAUUGGUGUAUGUUGGACAACUUUGUCUUUCAUGGGAAAUUCUGUGCUGGCAGUACAUAAAAGCAAAAGAGUUACUCGAAUAUGACGCUCAGAGAUUUCACUCUUAUAAUCGAGUAGCUGAGGAAUUUCAACAAUUUCAAGUACUCAUGCAAAGAUUUACGGAAGAUGAACAGUUUCAAGGUCCCAGAAUUCAAAACUAUGUGAAGAACCGGUGCUUGAUUCAAAGUCUUCUUCAGGUCCCAAUCAUCAAAGAUGAUUGUUUGAAGGAUAAGAAGGAGAAAAGAGAGGAAACAGAUGCAAUUUCACUUGAAUUGUUAACCGAGAUCAUUAGGGGAUCAAUGUUAAUUUUCUGGGAAUUUCUUCAUGCUGAUAAGAGCACGAAAACUAUUGUCUUAAAGGACGUUCGAAGAGCUAAAAUUGAUCUUCAAGAACCUGCAGAUUCAGAGCUUAUAAUGGAUAUAAUAACUAACCUUCAGAAGAAAGAGAGAAGACUUGAAGAAAUAGCAAGAAGUCGUAAUUGCAUAGUGAAGAAGUUUCAAAAGCACCAAGAAUGUCAAUUGAAUAACGCACUUUUCACUUCUCGGGUGGAGUUGAGAUUGGUAUCGAAAGUAUUGAGUUUGUCAAGAUUAACGAUGGAUCAAUUAGUAUGGUGUCAGAAGAAACUCAACAACAUUAAUUUUGCGAGCAGAAAGGUCCUCGUGGAGCCUUCGUUUUCGCUUUUUCCUUGCUAA